AUGGCAGAUCCAAAAGUCACUGGUGUUUAUCGAGUUCAUCCUUUUUAUUAUUUACAUGUUCUUGAUCAGAAUACAAAUGUAACUCGACUUGAAGUUGGUCCACAAACAUUUGUUAAACAAGAUCAUGAAAAAGUUUUACUCGGACCAGAACGAAUGUUAAUAAUUCCUCCUCGACAUUAUUGUGUCAUUGAAAAUCCAGCUGUUCGUGAUAGAAGUGGCAAAGUUAUUAAGGACGCUAAUGGUCAAGUUAAAUUAUUACAUUCAGAUGUUGAUAUUCGAUUUUCUCAAGAACCAUUUCCUCUUUAUCCAGGUGAAAUACGUAAACAAGAUGUAACACCAUUGAAAGUUAUUGAACCUAAUUGUGCAUUACGUCUUCGUGCGGUUCUGGAUUUUAUUGAUGAUCAAGGUCAACAAAUUCGUGCUGGAGAUGAAUUUCUUUUUUAUGGACCAGGAACUUAUAUUCCACGUAAAGAAGUUGGCGUUGAAGAACAAAUUAAAGCUGUUACUCUUAAAUCAAAUGAAGCUGUUCGUUUACGUGCUAAAAAAGAAAUGAUUGAUCGUGAUGGAAUUCAACGAGAAACAGGUGAAGAAUGGCUUAAUCGUACUAAUGGUUCAUAUUUACCAUUAGCUUAUGAGGAAGUUGUUACAACAGUUAAAGCCUAUGUAUUAACUGAUAAACAAGCUCUUCAUGUUCGAGCUUUACGUACAUUUGUUGAUUCAUUUAAACAUAAACGUCUUCAUGGAGAAGAAUGGUUAGUAUAUGCUAGUGAUAGUGAAGCAUAUAUUCCAGAUGUUUAUGAAGAGGUUGUUGGUGUUGUAUCUGUAACUGUAUUAAAUUCACGUCAAUAUUGUGUUAUUCUUGAUCCAGUUGGUUCAGAUGGUAAACCACAACUUGGAAGAAAAAAACUUGUUAAAGGAGAAAAAACAUUCUUUCUUCAACCUGGUGAAAAAUUAGCUAAAGGUAUUCAAGAUGUUUAUGUUCUUGAAGAAGAUGAAGGACUUAUUCUUCGAUGUACUGAAUCAUUUAAAGAAGAUGGAAAAGAAUUACGUAAUCCUGGUGAUCGUUGGAUGAUUCGAGGACCAAAAGAUUAUAUUCCAGCUGUUGAAGCUGAAGUUGUACUUCGUCGUAAAGCUAUUCCAUUAGAUGUUAAUGAAGGAAUUUAUGUUCGAGAUGUUAAAACUGGUAAAGUUCGAUCGGUUAUUGGUAGAACAUAUUUAUUGACUGAAAAUGAAGAACUUUGGGAAAAAGACUUACCUAAACAAGUUGAACAACUUCUUAAUCAAGAUCCUAGAUGUUUUGAUGAUAAAUCAUCACAAACAGCAGCUGUACCACCAAGAGAUAAAUCAAAAGUUGUUACAUAUCGUGUUCCACAUAAUGCUUGCGUACAAAUUUAUGAUUUUAAAUCUAAAAAAGCACGAAUUAUAUUUGGUCCUGAACUUGUUAUGCUUGGACCAGAUGAACAAUUUACAAUAUUAAAUUUAUCUGGUGAAAAACCAAAAGUACCAAAUAAAAUUCGAGCUAUUUGUCUUUUAAUGGGACCAGAAUUUUCAAGUGAUGUUGUUACAAUUGAAUCAAGUGAUCAUGCUCGUCUUUCACUUAGACUUUCAUAUAAUUGGCAUUUCGAAGUUAAUAAUCGUAAUGAUGAAAAAGAAGUUACUAAACUUUUUUCAGUACCAGAUUUUAUUGGUGAUUUCUGUAAAGCUAUAGCAGCUAAAAUUCGUGGUACUGUUGCUAGUAUUUCAUUUGAUGAUUUUCAUAAAAAUUCAGCAAAAAUUAUUCGAACAUCCGUAUUUGGUCUUGAUGAAAAUAAAAAGGUGAAAAAAAGUCUUAUUUUUCCACAAAACAAUUUGGUUCUUACAUCCAUUGAUAUACAAAGUGUUGAACCGGUUGAUCAACGAACACGAGAUGCACUUCAAAAGAGUGUUCAAUUAGCUAUUGAAAUUACAACAAAUUCACAAGAAGCUCAAGCAAAACAUUUGGCUUCACGAACAGAACAAGAAGCAAAAGGUCAUUUAGAAAGACAAAAAAUUGCUGACGAAGCCGAAGCCGAAAAGGAACGUCGAAAUUUAUUACAACUUCAAGCUGACUCAGCUGCUGUUGAAUCUACUGGUCAAUCACGUGCUGAAGCUCAAUCACGAGCUGAAGCAGCUAAAAUCGAGGGUGAAUCUGCUGUUAAUCAAGCUACACUUCGUGCAAAAGCAGCAAAGAUUGAGGCUGAUAUUGAACUAUUACGUUUAACACAAGCACGUGAACUUGAAUUGAAUUAUGCAAAAGUUACAACUGAUUUAGAAAUUGAAAAAGCAAAACGAUUAGCUGAUAUUGAAAUUGAAGAAUUUAAACAACAUGUUACUGCUAUCGGUCCACAAACUAUUAAAGCAAUUGCUACAAGUGGACCAGAUAAUCAAGUUAAACUUCUUCAAGCUCUUGGUAUUAAAUCAACUUUGAUUACUGAUGGACGUAGCCCAAUUAAUCUUUUCAAUACUGCUGUUGAUUUAGUUGGCGCAUCAACAAGCUCAUAA